UAGGUCGAUCGAGCCAAGUCUUUGUAGAUAGAGCCUUACUUCUGGCCGCUGGCUAGCUGAAAGAUAGUUUGUUUCAUUUUUAAUAUUGCAACAGAGCAUUGCAGUAUUGAAAGCAUCAAAGCAAGUCACCGAAACUGCGAUUUGUUUUGCCUCGAUAUAAAAAGAAUGAACUUGGCUCCCAUGAAUACCCCAGCGACAGGAACGUUUGACAGCGCCUUUCAGUCCAGCGUAGCCUCAGCUAUGAGCGACGACGAGCAAUCGAACCAGCAGCUGUUGGAGUGUGCCGGGCCUAUCUCUCCUUCUCACCCUGGCAAGAAAUCGCCCCGUAAACCCAAAUGCUCUCGCUGUAGGAAUCACGGCUAUGAGUCACCCUUGAAAGGCCACAAACGAUUUUGCAACUGGAGGGACUGCCAGUGUGAGAAGUGUAAACUUAUUGCUGAACGACAGAGGGUCAUGGCGGCUCAGGUUGCUCUUCGCCGGCAGCAGGCACAAGAAGAAGAGAUGGGAAUCUGCAGCCUGGUUCCUUUCCCCAACCCAGAUGUUGUUAUCAAGAAUGAGGCCUCUGGAGACAGAGCUUGCCUUUUUUCUGCCCGGGGAAAGUCACCUCCUUCAUCCACAUCCAGCCGAGCAACAACCCCACCUGCCACAGGGAGCCGUUCCAGUCAGCAGGACAGUCCGUCUGCGGCCAGCAGAGGGUAUGCAGAGGGCACUUCUGACAUGAUUGUAGAUGCAUCCUACUACAGCAACUUCUACCAGCCACCUCUCUACCCUGCGUACUACAGCAACCUAUACAACUACCAGCAGUACCAGGUGCUCAAGGCUCAUAAUUUGUUCCUGCGGCCUCUCAUGUGUGACGUGAACCAGAUGCAAAAUGGCGAGAAUCGCCUUCCCAGUCAUAACAUGGGUCCCCAGUAUCGGAUGCACUCAUAUUACUCAGCAGCUUCCUACCUGAGCCAAGGAUUUGGGAACACAGCCUGCGUGCCUUCAGUUUUCACCCUGGAAGAGAACUCUACAAUCUCAGAGCCAAAGUCAAACAUUUUUCUGCCAUCCACUAGCCAGGAUAUGGGGCUGACCUACCUGUCCAACAGCUCACUGAUGGGCUCUGAAAAUGCCAAACAAGAGUGUGAGACCAGCUCAGAGUCUGGUGCCUUUACAGCGGAUUCCAUCCUAGAGGGAGCCAGCAAGUGAUGUGUGAGGUUGUAGCCAGGAGAGCUACCACAGUUCUGAACUGGAGUUAUCUGGAACCCUCAUCUCUUUGAUCUGGAAAAGUCGUAAAUCAUUGUAGCAGGUUGUUUAAAUAAACUUCAUUCAGCAUGUUGCCUUGUUGCCUGUUACAGUACAGAAGUCCUUUUGAGAGUUCUCUUGUUUGUUUAGGUCUGCCUUUGACAGAUGAAUGCAUGAAAGUAGAUAUUGUCUCCAUUAUUGUACUUUGCUAAUGUUCUGUUUAUUGCUGAUGUGAACCUUUAAAAUUACGUUCCUAAUUAAGAAGGUAUGGAAACUCGGUUCAACACAUUUAAUGAGAAAUUCAGCUAUUUGUGAACUGUGGCAGUGUAUGGAAAUUGCAUUUAAUUACAAGUUUAAUAGACAAAAAUAGCAUUCCUUUUAAAUCUUCUUUUGAGUUUGUUUUCUAUAUAUGCGAUUGUCAGAUGGGCCUUUUUCAUUUGUUUGCUAGUAUAUUUUCUGUUCUUUAUUAUUGGGAAUAUUUUGUUCAUAUUGCUGUUCUUUUUCCAACUGCUGUGAGUGAUUCAGAUGUGCAAACCUUAUAAUCAUACCUUCCUAGUUUUUCAUCGAAUGGUAUGGUAAUUGAGCCCAACCCUUUCUGAUGAUAAAUUCAGCAGUUUUAAAUGUAAGCUAUGACAGUAAGCCUGAAUAUAUGGAUGUUAUUUUAAUUAAACAUUUUAACAGAAUUUCUCUUUGUUCUAUGUUGAAUUCAGAAUAAAGCAGAGGUGAUUGCAGUUCCAAAUGGAAGUGUUUUACUAUGAUUAAUAUGUGAUUGUGUGUUACAAGACUGGUUUAAUAGUUAUGUUUUAAUAAAGAAGUGUAAAAAGUAA